UAAAAGAUGAGAGAGCGCGUUCUCACCGUGAGCGUCGCAAUAGUCAAGCUCUAGUAAAGUGCAAAGCUUCAACUUACCGUGAACCUGCUCUAAACUAAGCGCCGAUUUAUUCACAGUACAUCUGAGCGCCUAGCCAUACAUCUCGCUUAUAUUCGUCCUUCGACGUACUGUACUUGCACACAACACUUUCUAUCUUCUCGUCCUACAUUGAUACAAUAUGGGUCACGGAAGCUCAAACAAGCUAUAUGUUACGCAUACAGAACACUCCGGAAUGUUUGGUCAGCAUACAGCCUCCUCUGCAGGUUUCAAGGCGAAGGCAGAAGCACCUCAUCCUGGAGCAAGGACGCCAUUUGACUGCUGCGCUCUUUCCUUCCAACCGUUUACACACCCCGUGCUCGCCCUUAACCCUGACGGGACUGGCUACGUCUUUGACCUCGUCAAUAUCAUUCCUUGGCUUAAACAACAUAACAACACCAAUCCUAUAACCAAUGAACCAUUGACUCCUUCAGAUUUGAUCACACUCCACUAUGCACGCAAGCCCUCGGGAGAGAUUCAUGACCCUAUCUCUUUCAAGCCGUUCAGUGAGCAUUCACACAUUGUUGCCAUUGCAACUACGGGGAAUGUGUUUUUGGCGGACAGUAUCAAGGGCGGAAGAGAUCUAGUGGCUGAUGUUCGCUUCAAGAAAGAAGACGUGGUAACUUUGCAGAACCCUCAUGGCCUACCGCCAGCAUCCGUCUCUACUUCAGCACGAGCCAAGGUUGUAACGACGGAAAAGACCAAAGCAUUAUCCAUCGUCGCAUCGAGCUCAGUGGUGAAGACUGCACCAAAAACGAAGGUCUCCAUACCAUGGAAUGCUUCCCCCUACUCGACCGGUCUUCCGGGCGCAUCUCUUACGUCAACGUCAGUCGAUCCGCAAACACAGAGUUCCCAAUUGCUUUGGGACGAGGAAGAACUCAUGUUUGAAGAUUUUGCGACCCCACCAAAGGGUAAAGGCAAGGAAAAAGAUAUAGGACGUCGACGGGCUUAUGUUCGGGUUGUAACCUCGCUGGGAGGAAGCUUGAAUUUGGAGUUGUAUUGUGAAAAAGCUCCAAAAACUUGCUACAAUUUCCUCAUGCUAGCCAAAGCUGGGAAGUAUAACAAUUGUCUGUUCCAUCGACUAGUUCCCGGAUUUAUGAUUCAAACGGGUGAUCCUACGGGUACUGGCGCUGGAGGAGAAUCGUACUGGGGUACUCCAUUUAGGGAUGAGUAUGACAUGCGAAAUGCGGCCAAACAUGAUAGUAGAGGUGUGGUUGCCAUGGCCAAUAAGGGACCAAACACCAACGGAUCGCAGUUCUACUUGACGUUCAAAGCUACUCCAAAUCUGGACAAGAAGCACACUGUAUUUGGAAAGCUGGUGGGUGGUGAAGAAGUGCUGGAUGCUUUGGAGGCACUACCCGUCAAGCCUGGCACGGAGAGACCAGCGAAACCUGUGCGUAUCACAGAGGUAAUAAUAUACCAGGAUCCAUUCGAAGAAUACAAAUCACGUCAGGAAAAGAAACGCGCGAAGCAGGCUGCCGCGCAGGAGCCAUCAGCACAGAAGGCGGCGGAGAAGAAAGCCGAAGAUGAGAUUAAUUGGUUCGGUGUCAAGCUUGGAUCCAACGCACCAGGGGCUAACGGAGCUUCUGGGGGAGUUGGUAAAUAUCUCAAUGGAGUUGCUGCCAGUAGUUUGAAGAGACCUGCAGAAGCUCUGGUUGCAAGUCCGGGAGCACCUGAAGAGGGCAAGAAGAAACGUCGAAUCGGGUUUGGGAAUUUCGACGCGUGGUAAUAACCUGAAUCUAUCUUGUAUGUAUAUUGUACAAUAAUAUAGUCUCCAACCAUAUGUAUCUCUACCGACGCGAGUGGGUAUCCAUGUGCACUCAUGCAGGCAUUGGUAUACGUUGCUGCCG